UGGACCGACAGCCACACUCAACGAUCUUCAUUGUCCUUAAUUGUAUCUUGGCUGAAAAUCAUUGCGUGGGAUAAGCAAUCACACACAACCAACGUUUCAGCUGUGGUUGAUUACUAAAGAACGACAAUGAAGUAUUGUUUCGGGUGGAUGGAUUCUCCGGGGGUUCAGCUGGUGGGGAGGAAGCAAAAAAUUGUGAUAAAAGUCCCGACGAUGAAUAAUCCCAAGUGCCGGUCCAAGGCCAUGAAGGCUGUAGUCAGCCUACCAGGUGUUAUAUCUGCUACGUUGGAGGGCAAUGAUAUGGACCAACUUGCAGUGGUUGGCGAUGGAGUCGACUCAGUCACAUUGACAACCCUGCUUAGAAAGAAGAUGGGAAUCACAGAGCUGAUUAGCCUCACAGUGGUUGAUGAGAAGAAGGAAGAGGAAAAGAAAGAGGAAGAGAAAAAGCCGUCGAUCGAAACUGUGGCAUGGCCCACUUCUUCGGCCUACCAAUACAGCGUACCACAGCCAAUGCACUAUGUGUACCAAGACCCCUACCGAGAUAACUGUUGCAUCAUGUGAAGCACUUCAAAUGAUAUCGACGGUUGAAGUUGUGUGGGACGAGUCCUGAGCCUGAGUGUGGUACCUAACCAUGCUUUUUCUGUAAGCUAUUAGGAAUGGGAAAAUGGGAAUUUUGUCGGAUGUAAUAGCAUCAUUUGAGAAAGUGUCAUGCAAGCUACGGUGGUUAUUCGAAAAAGAAAAUAAGGUUAUAGAAAUAAUAGAUUUUUAUAA